GCCAGCUGCCUGUCAGCUGCCUGUCAGCUGCCGGACUUUCCCGACAGGCUCCCCUGGCAAUCAUGGUGCGCUUCGCAUUGUAGCGCCUGCCGUAGGUAAUUACCCCACCCCCACCUUCACUCACACGCUUGAGCACACAUCUUUUGCCUGUGCUGCAGCCAUUCCGUGUUUGCGGUCUGCAUAAUACCUGGUACAUAUCCGUUGCUCACAUUUGACGCCUUCUGUACACUUCACUAUGGUUUCCUCCACCAAACUAUUUUCCCUCGAGGGAAAGGGCCUCAAGCUCGACACCGAGGCCGACCUUGAGCCUCAUAUCACCGAACUCCGAGCGAACGAUGUUGAGGAGGUCAGGCUCCUGGGAAACACUCUUGGUGUUGGUGCUUGCAAGCUGCUCGGUGAAGUCCUCGCGACCAAGAAGAACCUCCAAGUGGCAAACCUCGCCGAUAUCUUCACCGGAAGACUCCUCAACGAGAUUCCCGAAGCCCUCUCCUCUCUCCUCACCUCCAUCCUCAACCUCCCCAAGCUCAACACCAUCAACUUGAACGACAACGCUUUUGGCUUGAACACCCAGGCCCCCCUGGUCGCGUUCCUCGCCUCGCACGUUCCCCUUCAGCACCUUUACCUCAACAACAACGGCCUCGGCCCCCAUGCCGGUAUCCUCAUCGCCGACUCCCUCUCGGAGCUCCACGCCAAGAAGGAGGCUGCUCGCAAGGAGGGACAGGCUGUUCCCGACCUGGAGACUGUCAUUUGCGGCCGAAACCGACUUGAGAACGGAAGUAUGACGGCUUGGGCCAAGACCUACAGCCUCCACAACAAAAUUAAGGUCAUCAGGAUGGUUCAGAACGGUAUCCGACCAGAGGGUAUCUCGCACCUUCUGACCAACGGUCUCAACAACGCCUCUGAGCUCAGGAUCCUCGAUCUGCAGGACAACACCCUCACCCUUGUGGGCGCCAAGGCCUUGGCCAAGGUUGUGGCCGGCUGGACGGUGUUGGAGGAACUCGGUGUUGGCGAAUCUCUCGUUGGUGGCAAGGGCGCUGUCUUGGUGUCCAAGGCCCUGGCCAAGGGCAAAAACGCGAAGUUGGAGAUCCUGCGAUUGCAGUUCAAUGAGAUCACUGCCACUGGUCUUAAGGGUUUCGCUGUUGCUGCCAAGGACGGUCUGCCCGCUCUGAGACGAAUCGAGCUCAACGGCAACAUGUUCGCUGAGGAUGACGAGUCCAUCACUGCCCUGCAGGAGUUGCUCGAGGAGCGAAAGGAGAAAUUCGGCGGUGACACAGUGGUUGAGGACGACUGGGGUGUCGACAGCCUGAGCGAUCUCGAAAGCGACGACGGGGAAGAAGAGGAGGAAGAGGAAGAAGAAGAGGAGGAGGAGGAGGAGAAGGUUGAGAAGUUGGCCAAGGAGGCUGAGGAGGCCCAGGAGGAACCUGUCAUCAAGGAUAAGGAUGUCGAUGACCUGACAAAGAAGCUCGAGAAGACCGGCAUUUAGACAUACACACAUUUAGAUUAACUGCAUGAUGAUGAUCUAAUAAUGAAGAAGCCCUGAGCCAAAAUUCGAUACCCCUUCAAUUGUUGGUCUCAGAAAGCCUCGGCACUCUUUACUUCACAUCAUCUCUGUGACCAUGGAUGAUUUGUU